UCAAAAUACCUUAUCCUGAACCCAAUCCAAUAAUCCCUACCAUCCACCUCUCAUUGCCCUCCCUAACAUUCUCAUCACCCUAAUCCAUCCAUCCAUCCAUCAUCUCUCUCUCACUCUGAACGCUCUGAACUAGAGAGAGAAAAAAAAAGAGAGAGAAGAAGAGAGAAAGAGAAAGAGAAACCAGCAGCAAUGUCUUCUUCCCAUUUAGCAAUGUGGACGUCUCCCAAACCCUCCCUCCUCCCCGAUCUCGACUCCCUCUCCUCCUGCCCUCGCUCCCCCUUCCUCCGCUCCGCCCCCAACCCUUUCCAUUCCCCUUCCCGUCCCUCCACCGCCAUUCACUGUGGCCUGCGUGAGCUCCGCGAUCGCAUCGACUCCGUCAAGAACACCCAAAAGAUCACUGAGGCCAUGAAGCUUGUCGCCGCCGCCAAGGUCCGUCGUGCCCAGGAAGCCGUCGUCAGUGGCCGCCCUUUCUCCGAAACCCUCGUCGAAGUACUCUACAACAUCAACGAGCAGCUCCAGACUGACGAUAUCGAUGUCCCUCUUACCAAGGUCCGCCCCGUCAAGAAGAUCGCUCUUGUUGUCGUCACCGGCGAUCGUGGCCUUUGUGGUGGUUUCAACAACGCCAUCAUCAAGAAGGCUGAAUCCCGCAUCGCAGAGCUCAAAACUCUCGGCCUUGACUACACCAUCAUCAGCGUCGGCAAGAAGGGCAACGCCUACUUCAUUCGCCGCCCUUACAUCCCCGUCGACCGAUUCAUCGAGGGUGGUUCUCUUCCCACCACCAAGGAUGCCCAGGCCAUCGCCGAUGACGUCUUCUCCCUGUUCGUCAGCGAGGAGGUCGACAAGGUGGAGCUCCUCUACACCAAGUUCGUCUCUUUGGUGAAAUCCGACCCGGUGAUCCACACGCUGCUGCCGCUGUCCCCCAAGGGAGAGAUCUGCGACAUCAAUGGCGUGUGUGUGGACGCAGCCGAGGACGAGCUCUUCCGCCUCACCACAAAAGAAGGAAAGCUGACAGUGGAGCGAGAGACAGUCCGCACCCCAACCCCAGCCUUCUCCCCAAUCCUCCAGUUCGAGCAGGACCCCGUCCAGAUCCUUGACGCUCUCCUCCCUCUCUACCUCAACUCCCAGAUCCUCCGUGCCCUCCAGGAGUCCCUGGCCAGUGAGCUCGCUGCCCGGAUGAGCGCCAUGAGCAACGCCUCCGACAACGCCGUGGAACUCAGGCGUUCCCUUUCUAUAGUGUACAAUCGUCAGCGGCAGGCCAAGAUCACUGGAGAGAUCUUGGAGAUCGUCGCCGGCGCCGAUGCCCUCAGUUAAUCUGGUUCGUCUUCAACCCUAAACCUAAACCUAAACCUCUCUGUCUCUCUUCUCUCUUGCCUUCGGUUCUUCAUUUUGGGCGUUCUCUUCCAUCAAUCAAUCAAAGUCUCUGUAUUAUUAUUAUUAUUAUUAUUAUUAUUAUUAUUUUUUGUCUUGGAUGAUGCUUGAUUUAAUUCCCCAUUAUAUCUAUGCAUGCUUAUAGAAUUAUUAUAAAUCAAUUAUAUAUAUAUAUAUAUAUAUGUUUGUAUAUGUGACACUUGGCCAGGUGCCAUGUGAUGAUGAUGUUCAUGAGCAAACAAUAACAUUCGUGAAUAGUUGAAUUCUCUCA